GAAACUACCGACUUUCGUUUUUUAACAGUGGCAACACUGUUAUUAUAUUAACCCUGUGAAUCAUCUAAAUCAAACUUAAAUAGAGCUUUUGAAACUGGAAUGCAAAGUUGUUUGCUGUUUUGCUAAUUUCAAAGUGUUUUACAUUGAUACAAUAACAUUAUAAUUUAAAUUUGAUAUUUAUACAUAUAGGUCUUAGGUCUUAAUUAGGAUGGCAUGUUCAAACCAAGAGAAAAUAGAUAUGGUACGGGCUUAUUUUCUAGCAGGAGAAAGUGGCCCUGAAGCUCAAAGGGUUUACUCGGAAAAAUAUCCCAAUCGAGAAGUUCCAAAUGCUCAAACAUUUUUGAACAUUGUUCAACGUUUGAGAGACUAUGGUAAUUUCAGUCCUCAAGUAGAAAAUCGUGAACAAACAGAGGACGGAACUAGCACACGAAGAUUGGCCUCCCAAACUCUAUCCUCUAUUGAUAUAUUACCGUCAAGUGUUUAUUAUACAAUACCUCCGAGAACAGGUUUCUAUAUAAGAAAGAUGCAAUGUCUUAGAGGGCAGGAUUUUCAAAAGAGAGUAAGAUUUUGUAAAUGGUAUCAAAAUAAAUGCCGGGAAGAUACUCGUUUCCCAAAUUAUAUAUUGUGGACAGGAGAAGCAAAAUUUACACAGGAUGGUAUACGUAACUCUAACGGUACCCAAAUAUGGUCUUACGAAAACCCAAGUGCCACUAGAGAUAGGCAUCUGCAGGAGAGAUUUUCACUUAAUAUUUGGGCUGGUAUUGUUAAUAAUACUCUAAUAGGGCCACACAUAUUCGAAAGAAGGUUGACACAAGCAGUGUAUCAUGAUUUUCUAAGUCAAAGCCUUCAUAUUUAUUUAGAUGAUAUACCCCUGGAAGUAAGAAAGAACCAAUGGUUCCAACAUGAUGGGGCCCAACCACACCAAAGUAAUUUUGUGAGAGAAUGGUUAAAUGAACACUUUUUUGGCAGGUGGAUUGGUCAGGGAGGUCCUGUGCUCUGGCCCCCAAGAUCACCAGAUAUAAAUCCGUGUGAUUUUUUCCUGUGGGGUUAUAUAAAACAAACAGUUUACUCAGUUCCAGUGACUAAUUUAGAAGAUUUAAGAGAACGUAUCAUGGACACCUUUGAUUAUAUUAGAACGAACAAAUAUCUGCUCGAAGACAUUCAAAAUUCCAUGCAAAGAAGAACAGAAGCAUGUGUUGGAACUGGAGGCCAUCAUUUUGAACAAUUACUAUAAAGUAAAUUAAGAGCCCAAAUAAAGUUCAGCUUAUUGUUCAUAAGCAUUAGAGUAAUCAGUCCUAAAUAUAAUAUCUAUUUAAAAAAAAACAGGUAAGCUUUUUUAU